AUUGCGGGCCAAGGGAUCCUCCGCUGGCAUCCCAGGCUGAGCUUUGUCUGGGAGUUUGGAUCCUCGAAGGUUUUGCUCUAGGUUCUGCGGUGGAUGCGAACAUGGAGCAGGAGCUGGAAACCGAGCAGGAGUUGGAGCUGGUAACGGAGUGGAGCAGCAGCUGGUAAUGGAGCAAGAGCUGUCUUCUCAUUUUUCCAAGGAAGAGACAUUUUCACUGACAGCUUCUUGGACAGCUCUGGGACAACAUUUUUCUAAGGAGGCAAGCUGUAAUAUUCCGUUGCAAUCAUGGCCCCUAAGAAGAAGAAUGUGAAAAAGAACAAAGCAGAUAUCAAUGAAAUGACUCUCAUUGUGGAAGAUGGCCCUCUCAGUAAACUAAAUGGAUUGAAUGGACUCUUAGAUGGAGGAAAUGGUUUCAGUUGCAUCUCAUCUGAGGUUUCUGACCCAUUAUAUAGCCCAAAUCUCUUGGAAGGUCUAAGCAGAAUGAGACAAGAGAAUUUUCUUUGCGACUUGACUAUCAGCACCAAAACUAAGUCCUUCAGCGUUCAUAAGGUGGUGAUGGCUUCAAGCAGUGACUACUUCCACAACAUCUUAAAGAAAGAUCCAGCCACUCAAAGAGUAGACCUCAAUGAUGUAUCCCCAUUGGGACUAGCUACUGUUAUCACCUAUGCUUAUACUGGAAAACUUACUCUUUCACUUUACACAAUAGGUAGUAUUAUUUCCACAGCAAUUUAUCUACAGAUUCACACUCUUGUGAAGAUGUGCUGUGAUUUUCUAAUCCAAGAAAUCAGUGUAGAGAAUUGUAUGUACAUUGCCAACAUUGCAGAAACAUAUGGACUGAAAACAACCAAAGAGGCGGCGCACAAAUUUAUUAGGGACAACUUCAUUGAGUUUUCAGAAACAGAUCAGUUCCUGAAACUCACAUUUGAUCAAAUUAAUGAACUUCUUGCAGAUGAUGACUUGCAGCUGCCUUCUGAAAUUGUUGCAUUCCAGAUUGCAAUAAAAUGGCUGGAAUUUGACCAAAAAAGAGUAAAGUUUGCUGCCGAUCUUUUAGGUAACAUCCGUUUUGGUACCAUCUCAGCCCAAGACCUUGUCAAUUAUGUCCAAACUGUGCCAAGAAUGAUGCAAGAUGCAGACUGCCAUAAGCUCCUGGUGGAUGCCAUGAACUAUCAUUUGCUUCCCUACCACCAGAACACACUUCAGUCCAGAAGAACCAGGAUUCGUGGAGGCUUCAGAGUCUUAGUUACUGUUGGUGGACGUCCUGCUCUAGCAGAAAAGUCUCUUAGCAGAGACAUCUUAUACAGAGAUCCUGAAAAUGGAUGGAAGAAGCUGAGUGAAAUGCCUGCUAAAAGUUUUAAUCAGUGUGUCACAGUGAUGGAUGGAUUUCUCUAUGUGGCUGGUGGGGAAGACCAGAAUGAUGCCAGGAACCAAGCCAAGCAUGCAGUCAGCAAUUUCUGCAGAUAUGAUCCUCGUUUCAACACCUGGAUUCACCUGGCAAACAUGAAUCAGCGGCGCACCCACUUUAGCCUGAAUGUGUUCAAUGGCCUCCUUUUUGCAGUGGGUGGUCGCAAUUCUGAGGGGUGCCUCUCCUCAAUUGAAUGCUAUGUGCCUGCAACUAAUCAGUGGCAGAUGAAGGCACCCUUGGAGGUGCCCAGGUGUUGCCAUGCCAGUGCCGUGGUGGAUGGUUGUAUCCUGGUCACAGGAGGUUACAUUAAUAACGCUUAUUCUCGCUCAGUGUGCAUGUAUGACCCCAGCAAAGAUAGCUGGCAGGAUAAGUCCAGCCUCAGCACUCCAAGAGGGUGGCAUUGUGCAGUGUCCCUUCUGGAGAGGGUCUAUGUCAUGGGGGGGUCUCAGCUCGGUGGGCGAGCUGAAAGGGUCGACGUUCUCCCCGUGGAGUGUUACAGCCCUUACACGGGGCAAUGGAGUUACGUGGCACCGCUUCAGACUGGCGUUAGUACAGCUGGUGCCUCCAUCCUUAAUGGCAAAGUUUACUUAGUGGGUGGCUGGAAUGAAAUAGAGAAAAAAUACAAGAAGUGCAUUCAGUGCUAUAACCCAGAUCUCAACGAGUGGACAGAGGAAGAUGAGCUGCCUGAGGCUACUGUGGGCGUAUCCUGUUGUACAAUAUCCAUGCCCAACACCAAGACAAGAGAGUCCAGGGCCAGCUCAGUCUCUUCUGUCCCAGUCAGUAUUUAAAUAUGGGUCUAACCAGCAAUAAGUAAAAAUGUUUACCAGCA